AUGUCUGGCAUCAACCUCCCCAAGAACGCCCACGUCUCAACACACCCAUGUCUCCAGGCGAAGCUCUCACAGCUCCGAUCCGUGAGCACAGGGUCCAAAGAUGCGCAGACCCUGGUGCAUGAACUCGCUCUCAUGGUCGGUUAUGAGGCACUGGCCGCUGGCCUAAAGGCACAAGAGGCAGGCAUCGACAAAUCCCCGCUCGGCUACGAAUACACCACAACCACCACCUCCCCCUCACCGACCUCCAUAUCCCUCGUCCCCAUCCUCCGCUCCGGCCUCUCCAUGGUCCCCGCGCUCUCCUCCCUGCUACCCAUGCCCGUACCCGUCCACCACCUCGGUCUCUACCGCGAGAAGUCCACCUUACAACCCGUAGAAUACUACAACAACCUGCCCUACCACACUCCGCACGCAGCUGGCUCAACCAAGCCCCAACCAGAACUCGCCAUCAUCGUAGAUCCCAUCAUCGCGACGGGUGCGACGGCACAGGCGGCGAUUGACACGCUGAAGGACUGGGGUGUGAAGCGGAUUAUCGUCGUGGCUAUUCUGGCGACCGAAGAGGGGCUGCAGAAGGCGUGCGGGGAGUGGGAAGAGGGGGUUGAGGUGUGGGUUGGUGGGUGCGAUAAGGGGGUUGAUGAGAAGGGCAUGAUUAAGCCCGGGCUGGGCGAUAUUGGCGACAGGCUGUUUUUGACGUUGGGGAAAUAA